AUGAGCAGAGGCGGGAGGCAAACCAGCAUAAUAUACUGCACCAACCUGCAACCUCACCGGACAGGCCCACCCGGGCGACAGACCUCCAGGGGAUUACGCCCUGAGCAUCACCCACCUGCUCAGAGGAUCCGGCUCCACAGACAGCGACCCUCCAUCAGGAUCCACAGCAGCCCCCGACUAGGGAAGAACGUGGCCUUCCAUGGGAAUACCCGAGUCCACAGAUGCAGGUCUCCGAGACCAGUGGGUGAACCCGCUUGGAGUGACUCCAGAUCUCCCGAUACCCCCAAGCCUACCACCCAGCCAGGACAUUGGCUAACUCUGGACUUAACACUUACUACGAACUGCUGGCCUAGCCACCCGCAAACACAGCCACUCCAGCCAGCAAACAUGAUCACACACACACUACAGCCUAACCGACAACUACCGAUGAGUGAAAACACACAAACAGUGAUACUACAACACCGACCGGGCAAUAGCACACACUAG